AUGGCGACGCCCUUUCCCAUUCCUGUUACCGCAGCCCAGGUUGGAACGUACUUUGUGGGACAGUACUAUCAGGUGCUUCAGAGCCAGCGGGAGUUUGUGCACCAGUUUUAUUCCGAUGCCAGCACCAUGCUCCGAAUCGACGGCAGCACCAGGGAAACCGCUGCCGCAAUGCUUGUUGCGCUAAGAGGUAAAAAAUUGGAGUAUGGGGAUGGAGAAGUCGUAAUAAUUGGGGGUAUGGUGUUGGACAUUCAUGCUACACCUUCAUUGGGAGCAAAAUCUGGAACCACUGUCCCUGGCAAGGUCUAUUAUGUCCAAGGAGGUGUGGCUAGGAAUGUAGCAGAGUGCAUGUCAAAACUAGGAUCAAAGCCAUUCAUGAUUAGUGCUAUUGGGUUUGACAUGGCAGGAAACCUGUUGUUGAAUCAGUGGAAAUCUGCUGGCCUAUCUGCAGAAGGUAUAUUGAAGGAUAAAGAUAUUGAAACACCAGUUGUAUGCAAUAUAUUUGAUGUUAAAGGUGAGGUAGCAGCUGGUGUUGCUAGUGUGGAGGCUCUUGAAAAAUAUCUUACCCCUGACUGGAUCUUACACUUCAAAAGCACUUUACUUUCUGCUCCAGUUUUAAUGAUCGAUGCAAAUCUGAGCCAUUCUGCUCUUGAAGCUUCUUGUAAAAUGGCGGCCGACAUGGAGUGUCCUGUGUGGUUUGAGCCAGUAUCAGUUACUAAAUCCCGAAGAAUCAGUUUUAUUGUCGAGUAUGUGACAUUUGCUUCUCCAAAUGAAGAUGAACUUAUUGCAAUGGCAAAUGAUUUAUCUGGUAGUGCUGUGUUUCAACCACUUUCAGAAAGUCAGAAGAAAAAUAUUUCAGUAGUGUCUUUGUUUCAAAUGCUGAAACCAGCAAUAUGGGUUUUGUUAGAAAAAGGCAUUGAAGUGGUCUUAGUGACCAUUGGCUCUAAUGGAGUGUUUUUAUGCAAUAAAGAAGGGCCUAGCUACUUAAAAAAGCCUACAGAGAAAAUAAAUCGGAGUGGUUUUGGUGGACAAUUAUACAAGAGUUUCAUGCAAAAUUGCCCACCUAGUCCUUAUUCUGGCUUUUCAAAACUUGAUAAAAGCUCUCCUCUUUGUGCUGUGCAUUUUCCAUCUCUUCCUGCUUCAGUUGUGAGGCUUACUGGUGCGGGUGAUUGCUUAGUCGGUGGAACACUCACAUCAAUUUGUGCAGGAUUAGAUAUUAUGCAAAGUGUGUCAGUUGGCAUUGCAGUGGCUAAAGCUGCAGUUGAGGCUGAGGCUAAUGUCCCUAAUUCUUUCAAUUUAUCAGCUAUCGCAGAUGAUGCAAAAUCUGUAUAUUCCGGUGCCAAAGUUCUUUUCCACCAAUCGAUGUUGUAA